GGGAGCGGGCGGGGAAGCGCAGAGCGCCCCCUGGCGGCGGGGCGGCCCCGGCCCCUCAUGGCGGCCCUGCCGCAGAACAACCUGCGGGAGCAGCUGCGGCUCCACUCGGCCCGCGGAGCCCUCAGCGCCCUCCGCAACGCGCCCCCGCCGCGCCAGCGCUCGGCGGGCUUCACCUUCAAGAAGACCUCUCCGGCCGGCGGCCCGCCCCGGGGCCUCCCCGCCGCCUCCGCCUUGAGGGAGAAGGAUGUUAACACCUCCCUGGCUGCGCCGGCCUCCCCCCUCCCUGCCUCCAAGGACAAGAAAACGCAAAUCCAGGCGUUUUUUCCCGUGGUGUCCGGUGGGUGCAGCCUCCAGCCCAGCCCGGUGCUCGCCAGGCCUCAGGAGGCGUCAAGAGGCCCUGUGGCCUCUGGGCAGAGGAGCGUGAGUGAGGGGCUGCGAGGGACCCCCGCGCCCCGUCCCGUGGCUGUCCCCGCCGUCGGGGAUGAGUGGGACGACAUUGAUGACUUUGAUUUGUCGGGAAUCGAGAAGAAGUACUGCAGGCCGCCCGUCCUGUCCCCCAAGGGGCAGCGGGCCACCUGCAAGGCUUCCCAGAGGCCCGAGCCCCGCCGGGAUGAGCUGCCCGGCUCUUCCCCCGGUGCUGUGGGCCAGGACACGGGGCCUGGCAGCCGUGGCACCCCGGGGCGUGGGGAGACCCCUCCAGAGGCCGAGCAACAACCCUCCUCGCAGCAGUCUGUGAUCUGCCUUGAGGAUUCGGCUCCCUGCGGCGAUGAGAAGGCCGUGGGUGAGGACCUUUGGGAGGAUUUAUCCGCUGACGUGAUUUUGGGUGAUGACAGGGAAGAGGCUCACCCAGGGUCUGGCGCUGGCGGCGGGGCCGGGCAGCGGGCGGGUGGCCAGGGGCAGAGCAGCCCCCUGGAACUGGACGCCGUCGACAUCGAGCCCUUCCCUGAGCUCGAGGAGGACGAUUACUUGGAUGUCGUUCCACCAUCCCCUGAGGAAGAGCUGCCUUCCUUCUUGCCUUCUGGAAAAAGCACUAGUAGUGUUUUCAAAGAGUCUCCUGCCAGUGGGAGGUCCACAAGCAGCUCUCAGUCCACGCCUGGGCCGGGUGCCACGGCGCAGCCUGUUGCUGACAGUGACCCUGGUGCAGAGGGUGCAGAUAAGGACCUGCCUUUGGAGCAGCAGCUCUUCGGCGUCAUGGCCACCAUCUGUGAGCUGGUGGACGCCAUCCCGCUCCGGGAGCUGCAGGGCCUCUCCUGCGCCAAGGCCCUGCUCCAGCAGCGAGACCUCAGGAGCAGAUUGCUGGCUGGUUCUGUCACUUUGAACAAAAGCGCCAUGACCAAGGGUUUUCCUGGUUCCUGGAAGGGGUGUGUGGAGCAGAGCUCUCCUGCCCCUCCUGCUCCGGGCUCUGGCCCAACCUGGAGCUUCAGUUUGGGCAGGAACUCGCCCCAGUCCCCAAACCUCCCCUCUGCCCUUUCCGGGACUGUUCCUUCAAGCCAUUUUUCUACCAAGAAAAAUCAAACCUUGGACACCCCUUGUGCUUCAAAGCCAAGUACCGAGGAGGUUACCUGCCCAGGAACUGCAGCACCAUCCUCCUCCCGGGGACACGGCGGGGACAGAGCUUCCCUCAGCCCUCACCCUGAGACCUCCUUCCACAGCAGCUCCUGCGGGGAGCCGGGGCUGAGGAACGGGGAGAGCUGUCUCCUGCUGGAGAGGCCUCUCACCAGCACCGCUCUGCGAGACCAGGGCAGGGCUCCCACCAGCAGCUCUGAGCAGGACGCUCUGGGGCUGAACCACACGGACUUUGACCUCGAUCACUUUGAUAUCGACGAUUUUGAUGAGGACUGGGAGAAUUCGGUGAAUGUUUCGGUACCCGAGACGCCGUCGACGCCGCUGUAUCAGCCCGUCAGGGAGGGGCCUCCUGCCAGAUCGCUCUCCUCAAAGAUCCUGUCCAGAGCCAAAGUCUCUGCUGCUGCAUCAAACCCUCCUGCUCCAAAAUCCAGCUUCUUGAUGGCAACAAAGAACCACUCGGACCCGCCGGCCACUAACCCUGCGCUGGACCGCUUCAGGGGCACGAAGUUCUCCCAUUCUGAAGGGAUGAUGAAUAUAUUUCACAAGAAGUUUGGUUUGCACUAUUUUCGGACAAACCAGCUGGAGGCCAUCAACGCUGCUCUGCUGGGUGAAGACUGUUUCAUCCUGAUGCCCACGGGGGGUGGGAAAAGCUUGUGCUACCAGUUACCGGCCUGUGUCUCUGCUGGAGUCACCAUCGUCAUCUCCCCACUGAGGUCCCUGAUCAUAGACCAAGUGCAGAAACUGAAGACUUUAGAUAUUGCUGCAACAUAUCUGACUGGCGAUAGAACAGAUGCUGAUGCUUCAAAAAUAUACAUGCAACUGUCAAAAAAAGAUCCUGUAAUAAAGCUUCUGUAUGUUACCCCUGAGAAGGUUUGUGCCAGCAACCGCCUGAUGUCAGCCCUGGAAAAUCUCUACGACAGGAAACUCCUGGAGCGUUUUGUCAUCGACGAGGCCCACUGCGUCAGCCAGUGGGGUCACGACUUCCGACAAGACUACAAGCGGCUGAACAUGCUGCGCAGGAGGUUCCGCUCCGUGCCCAUGAUGGCUCUCACGGCCACCGCCAACCCCAGGGUCCAGAAGGACAUUCAGAACCAGCUGGAGAUGCUCAAACCACAAGUGUUCACCAUGAGCUUCAACAGGCACAACUUGAAAUAUGACGUGUUGCCCAAGAAGCCAAAGAAGGUGGCAAUGGAUUGCUUGGAAUGGAUUAAGAAGUAUCACCCACAUGACUCUGGAAUCAUUUAUUGCCUUUCCCGACAUGAAUGUGACACGACAGCAGCUAUCCUGCAGAAGGAAGGCCUUGCUGCACUGGCCUAUCACGCUGGUCUCACCGACUCCAACAGGGAUCUGGUACAGAAGAAGUGGAUUAACCAAGAAGGGUGUCAGGUGAUUUGUGCCACGAUUGCCUUUGGAAUGGGAAUCGACAAGCCCGACGUGCGCUACGUUAUCCACGCCUCCCUGCCCAAGUCUGUGGAAGGGUACUACCAGGAGUCGGGCAGAGCGGGGCGGGACGGGGAGAUGUCUCACUGCCUGCUCUUCUACAGCUACAGCGACGUCACCCGGCUCCGCAGGCUGAUACUCAUGGAGAAGGAUGGGAACAGCCACACGAGGCAGACCCACUUUAACAACCUGUACAGUAUGGUUCACUACUGUGAGAAUUUGGUCGACUGCCGGAGAAUCCAGCUUUUGGCCUACUUUGGGGAGACUAAUUUCAAUCCCACCUUCUGUAAAGAUCACCCAGAGGUUACUUGCGACAACUGCAGUAGAAAGAAGGAUUACAAAUCACGAGACGUAACGGAUGACGUGAAGAGCAUUGUGAGAUUUGUACAAGAGCACUGUGGACAAACGGGACGAACAAAUGCAAAGAGAAAUGCAGGUUUUGGAAGAUACACGCUGAAUAUGAUGGUAGACAUCUUCUUAGGUGCCAAGAGCGCGAAGGUUCAGUCUGGGAUAUUUGGGAAGGGAGCUGCCUACUCGCGGCACAACGCCGAAAGGCUCUUCAGAAAACUGGUCUUGGACAAGAUUCUAGAUGAAGACUUGUACAUCACUGCUAACGACCAGGCUGUGGCAUAUGUCAUCCUGGGACAGAAGGCUCAGGCGGUGCUCAACGGGUCCCUGCAGGUGGAGUUUCAUGAAACGGAAAGCGCCAGCGCCGUCAGAAAGCAAAGGGCUUCUGUGGCAAAGGUGUCCCAGCGGGAAGAGAUGGUUAAAAAGUGCCUUGGGGAACUCACGGACACCUGCAAAACGCUUGGGAAAGUCUUUGACGUGCAUUACUUCAAUAUUUUCAGUACCUCAACACUAAAGAAAAUAGCAGAGACCUUGUCAUCUGAUGUGGAAGUUUUACUGCAGAUUGAUGGUGUCACAGAAGAUAAACUGGAAAAAUACGGAGCAGAAAUAAUUAAAGUGAUGGAUAAGUACUCGGAGUGGAGCGUACCAGAAGACACUGUUGGCCAAAGCGUGGACACGGCCGCGGGAAGCACGGGCACACCCGAGAGCGAGGGAGAAGCCGAAGACGUCGUUACCACCUCAAGCUAUUUCUGCAAUAACGCAAACCAAAGGAGGAAAAGGAAAAGGCCACCAAACUUCAGAGACUCGAAGAGGAAAAAGACAAGCGCUGGCGGUAGCCAGCAGUUCCAUCCCAAAGGGGCCCACAGCAGGUACCGGCGGCCCCGACGCCAGCCCGGGCCCAGGGCUCCCGGCCCCUCGCUGCCCGUCACCGCCUCCCAGGGAGCCGCCGCCAAGCUGGGGAUUAUGGCACCUCCCAAACCCAAAAACAGGCAGUUCCUUCAGCCUUCGUAUUCAGUACUGUGACUGGGGAAGUGUAAAUACUGUACGAUAGCAAGCCCCGAAGAUGUAAUCAUUGUUCAUUAAAUCUUUGUUUCGUUUGCUAAACCUUCUGAGACUUGUACAUUUGUCAAGUACCAAAACCUCACAUUAAAUAAAUGCUUUUUAACUCA